AUGGUGCACCGUGCACGUCUGCUCCUCGCGGUUUUCUUAUCCAAAUGGACGGUGAUGCCAAGCCUUCAGGAUCACAUGGACCAUAAAAACAAUGAACGUGCUGGGUUUGAAUUAGACUCAUUGUUUCAUUCAAGAUGUUCCACUACGAUUGAAUUAAGCCCUGUCUAUGCCACUGUUUUUGUCUCUUCUUUAUUUAGUGUAAGAACCCUCACUGGUGUUUAA